GAAGAAAAAAUAAGAGGAAGAAAGAGAAUACUGACGAGUUCGGCCAACUGAAAGUACGGAAGCGUGGGUACAGAAGGGGAACCCUUUUAUUUUCGGUUUUAGGUACUGCCGAUAACGACAACGUCUGGCACAAAUCUAAGUUCUAAACCGCUCUAAAAUACACAAUCGCGUUCGAGCAAUCGAUUCGUUGUCUAGCCCAGCAUUUCCGACUAACCUAAAUCCUAAAAAAUCUAUUCACCUCCACUGAAUUCUCUCUUUCUUUCUUUUUGAUGAAACACUGAACUCUUUCACUCCCUUUCUAUUGUCUUUGUCCAAGCCAUAAAUUCGGUGAUCGUCUGAAUUUCGUUAUUUCGAUCUGUGAGGCUGUUUUAUCUGGGUCUGAUUUGCUCGUCGUAUUUGAUCAUGAGGAAGAGGGAGAGAGAGAACCCCUGCGCGGUCUGUGGGCAUUAUCACAAGUACGAAGAAGGGGAAGUUUGUGGGGUUUGUGGUCAUCGUAUUCCCGCUUCAUCUGAAAAAGUGGGCAUUCAAACAAGUGCUUUUCCAUCGGAGAUCUUGCCGGAGUUCCUUUAUUUGGGCAGCUACGAUAACGCGUCUCGAGCCGAGCUUUUAAAGACUCAGGGGAUCUCUCGUGUCCUCAACACUGUACCUGCUUGCCAAAAUCUCUACAAGAACUCUUUUACUUAUCACUGCCUUCAAGAUGAGAAAAGCUUACCCUUUGAUGAUGCAAUUCAAUUCCUGGAGCAAUGUGAAAAGGACAAGGCUCGUGUUCUUGUCCAUUGUAUGUCAGGGAAAAAUAGGUCACCAGCUAUUGUAAUAGCAUACUUGAUGAAGCGUAAAGGAUGGAGGCUUGCGCAAAGCUACCAAUGGGUGAAAGACCGGAGGCCAUCUGUUGAUCUAACAUCAGCUGUAUACCAGCAGUUGGAGGAUUAUGAAAGGAAGAUCUUUGGAUCAAUUGAGAGUGCUCCAACCCUACCAGUUUUCUCCUUGUCUGAGGCGCCAUCAUUUGCUUUCAGCUUCCCAAAGACUAUCAACCCAGUUCCUGUCCCUGCUUUCAACUUGCCUGCUAUGACAUCCAUUUUUGACCGUCCAGCCUUGAGUAUUCCUCCUCAUGAGUUCACAUUUGGAGCUGGCCAGAACGAGAAGAAGGUGGUUGAUAUAGGUGGCAGCCCUGCAAAUGAGAAUGAUACCAUGAUGGAUGGCUCCUGAAUUUCCUGUUUUUCCUUUUGCAAGAUCAUAUUUUGUUCUGAAGUCAGCCCCAAAUAUGACGAAGUUUGCAAUAGAAUAUAUGGAUACCAGACGGAGAAAAAGGCACCAUCUCAAUGUUUGUGUGAGAUGAUUACACUGUUUUUCCUUGUUUUUGGUGCCAAAUGUUCUUUCAAGUGCAACAUCUCAAUCACUGAUUAUCCUUUGUUUGUGUGAGAUGAUUACACUGUAAGGGGUUUUGUUUAAAGCCUAUCAACUAUGGUAUGUGCCUAUAAAGACAAAUAUGAUGAAGUUGAUGUGUUUGUAAAUAUACAAUGGACCAAGUUCCUGCCAACUAAUAAUAUUUUUUUUGAUAAA